GCGUGCAUCUUGUGCAGGAUGUGGAUAACCAAAAUAGCUAACCAACGUUAGCUAAGUUACUCAGAUCUGCAAUACAUUAAUCAACUGCUAAAUUGAAGAUAAACUAUCAUAAUCACAUCUUUGUACCUUGAUAUAAAUAAUUACAAUCUGAUGCCGACAAUGUCGUCGCCUAUGGAAAUGACAGAGUUGUACGACAACGCUCUGCUAGGGAUCUUGCAGCAUGUUGGAAACAUACAGAACUUUCUACAGGUUUACUUUGGCUUCCUUUACCGCAAGACGGACUUCUACCGCCUGUUGUCAACUCCCAACGAUCGUAUGGGGUUUCCUCCUGGAGUCGCAGAGAAAAUGGUCUUAAAGACAUUCAGGCUGUUUGAGCGGGUGGCAGAGCAGGACAGAGAGAGGCAGCGGAGGGAGCUGCAGGAGAGGGAGGAGGCCAGAGCGGUACCUCCUGCAGUUCAGGAGCUGGAGGUGACUGCCAUACAGCCAGAGGAAGCCAGUGAACCAAAAACAGAACCUGCUCAAACAGCCACAGACCAAUUGUCUGCAGGGCCAGGGCCUCUUUCUGCUUCAACCUCCAAGCAGGACCCCAGCCCCCAGACUCAGAGCAACAGUCCAGCACAGGGGAGCCCUGCCUUGGCUGCCAGCACAGACUCAGCAGAAGCUGCAGCAACAGCUGGUCAGGACAAGUUUCAGGCCAACCCAGAGAGCUACAACGGGGCAGUGCGAGACAACUACAGCUGGUCUCAAGAUUACACAGAUGUUGAGGUCCGCGUUCAAGUCCCAGCACACGUCGUCAAGGGCAGACAGGUGUCUGUGAGUCUGCAGAUGAGUAGCGUGCGCGUGUGCUUGAGGGAGGGGACAGGAGAGAGAGUCCUCAUCGAAGGAGAACUCACUCACAAGAUCAACAUCGAAAACUCUCUGUGGAGCCUGGAGCCAGGACGCUGCGUGGUGUUGUCUCUCAGUAAAUGUGGGGAGGUGUGGUGGAGUGCCGUGAUGAUGGGAGAGAAGGAGAUUGACAUCAACCAGAUCAACCGGGAGCGCUCCAUGGCAACGGUGGAUGAGGAGGAGCAUGCUGUACUGGAUAGACUAACCUUCGACUACCAACAGAAGCUGCAGGGCAAACCACAGAGCCAUGAGAUGAAGGUGCAUGACAUGCUGAAGAAAGGCUGGGAGGCUGAGGGAUCGCCCUUCAAAGGCCAGCAGUUUGACCCCUCCAUGUUCGAUAUCCCACCCAGCGCGGUGCAGUUCUAAAGCACGCACACGUAGGUCAGAUGAGAUAGAAUAGUAGUUUCCAGGAUGUGGUUUGUGUGGUGUUGGGGAAACAACUAAAACCAAGAAGGGGAAUGCUCUCAAUGUUCUUGUAGAAGCUUUGUUUGUCAAAGUAUGAUUCCAUGUCACACCUUUCCGAGAACUUUUGAAAUGGAGGGUAUUUCAGGUCUGAAAUACCCCUGUGGAAGAUUUGUUACUUUGCUGUGUUCAUGUAAUACACCUGAUCAUAAAAGAGUCUGUAUGCCUCUCUGAGUAAUACAUGUACAUGCAUCCGCUGUAACAGGUGUAAACGUGACAGCGGGAGCUGCGGGAAUUCUAAAGUAAACUUGCUCUUCUCAAUGUAAUGCUCUAACAUGUUUGAUGGAAAGAAGUAAGGUUGCAGUUUUAUAGAAUCCAAUACAACACCUACAGUAACUCUACAGUGCCUGAAUCUGUCUGCCUACCGACAAUGUAACACCAUCUUCACCUCUGUUAUCAGAUGAGAAAAUAGAUCACAGCCAUAAGGUGAACUCAUAAAAUUGUGUUCAGUGUCUUUGGACAAUAUCCCAGAUUCAGAAGUGUGUAACAAAUUGUAACUUUUUUGUUUGGAACUGACAAGCCCUUUCUUGCUGUCAAUUUGAGUCAUUUUUGUGUGUCGAAAAAUUAAUAAAAGUCCAUCGUACUAGGGUU